GAUGACGUCAAAGUGUGCGACCAGCUACUAAAGUCAUGCCUACAGUUGUGUUUACCCAUGAAGUGUUGUAGAGAAAACGAAGCUGAAUUAAUUUAUUCAGUUUGAACAUCGAAGAGAGGUAUGAGGCAGCUUUAAAUGAUUAUAACUGUAUGUGGAGCCAAAGACAGUGAUGGUUAUCGAAGUUACUUCUGGUAAUUAGAAAGAUCAAGGUUAGCAGGUUAGUCUCAUUUCCACGUUCCCGAAUCAUGUAACUAACAGCAUGUGUCAGAUUUGUGGUGAGAUGGUAUGUAAGUCUGUAGAUGGCAUGUAGGAUAACGUGAAGCUGAGUAAGAAUAAAUUACAUUCAGUUCUUCUAGGCCUGGAGUUUAUACUUAAUAACAUGGGCUCCACCUUCAUAUCCAAAGUCAGGAUAUGCCUGAACCCCCUAAAGCCUUUUUUACAUCAAACAAGUUCAGCUUUCCUCAUCGUUAACUCUUCUCUGUGUAAGUCAUCCCAGCUGCUUCCCACAGCACGAUUUCUGUGCAGCAGAGACACUAACCCCAACUCAGGUGGCAGACAGACAGUCAGAAUGAACAAUGGACACACUGAUGGACAGGGUGGAGUAAAAUCUAGGGCCAUCAGACAUAGACAAGAGGAGUUGGGGGAAGACAAAGUGGAUGGAGGAGGUAAGAGCUCCAGUAUAAAGAAGAGUCCGUCCUUCCCCAAAUCUGUAUUCUCUGCGGGGACGGCAAAGAGGAUAGCAGAGAUGCAGAAGAGGAAAGCAGCUCUGGCCUCUGUGGGUGAGGAGGAACCUGAGAAGGAGGCUGAAGAGAGGAAAACUAAAGGAGCAGGAAAGGUGCAGCCUCCUGACCGGCCACUCUCUGCUGCUGAGUGGAAGAAGCUGAAGGAGUCUCUGGGAAAUCCGCAACGCUUCGACAUCAAGAUGAUUAAUGCACUGUUCACCUCUGGGGCAGAGCUCAGUAUUACCAAGUCUCUGCUGACUUUUGUAGCCAUGGAGACAGGGACACUGUCCUAUGAGCUGUUACUACGGUACCUGACAAUAUGUGUGAAUGGUGGCCACGAUACUGAGGUGUUUGAUGUCUAUGACAUCAUGCGGGGAAAUUUCUCCUCUCUGGAAACAGGAGCCUCCAGCCUCUUCAUCAAGUCCUUCAGCCGCACAGAGAGGUGGAGGGAGGCACUCAGCAUCCUGCAGCAGCUUAAGAAGGUCUUUACCCCAUCACCACGCAACUUUGGUGAUAUCAUUGCAGCAGCAAUGUCACAUGGUGACAUGACGACUGCCUGGGGCCUUUAUGAUGAAUUAAUUGAAAAGGGACUGAAGCCACACCAUGAGACAUGGGACGCUCUUUUUAAGGGAGUGAGGACCGAGCAGGUGGAAGCAGAGGCCAUGUCUCAGUCUGAACACCAGGAGAGGCUGAUAGAGAUUCUGCUGCACAUGAGGAACAACCAGAUCUAUCCCCCGCACAGCCUCACCAGAAGCAUCAAGACCUGGUUUGAGAGUCUCACAGAUCAGAAAUGGACAGGAAGUUGGACCAGCGCCACUCCAAAGGGUCUGUGUAGGUGUUGUGGGUCAGAGUUAGAGUCCAUCCAGCUGACUGCCGAGGAGUACCAACAGCUGAAAGACAGAGUGAUGGCUGACCUCAUUCAGGGACGAGAUGUUUUUAAAAAGACUACACCAGAGGAGUUGGAGCGUUUCAAAGCAUUUGUGAAGAGGAAGCCAGCUUUUGAUGUGGUCAUAGACGGGCUGAAUGUAGCAAAUACCAACGCGGACAAAAGGCAGUCAGCCACGUUGUUGACGGUGGUGUCAGAGCUGGAGCGUCAGGGCCUGAUCGUUCUGGUGUUGGGGAGGAAACACAUGCUGCAUCACUCCAGAUCCUGGGAGCGACACAACAUGAAUCUUAUCCAGCAAAAAGCCCACUGCUUCUUCACUGACAACAUUUCGGAGGACGACCCCUUCCUGCUGUACGCCACUUUGCAUUCUGGGAAUCACUGUCAGUUUGUGAGUAGGGACCUGAUGAGGGACCACAAGGCCUGCCUGCCAGACGGAGCCACCAAACGGCUCUUCUUCAAAUGGCAGAGAGGCCACCAGCUGGUGGUGGAUGGACACAUCACCGCAGGAAGAAGGGUCCGAUUUCAGAGAAUCCUGCCCUAUGACACCAUUGUCCAGACUUCAGCAGACUCGUGGCACAUUCCCUAUGAUGACACAGAGGACAGGAGCACCUAUGAAGUGCCACAACAAUGGCUUUGCCUCACGCAAAAGCACAGUACAGCACAGUAAAUCACUUCUGUGAAUCAUUUGCUUUGAAUAUUACAGUGAAACUUGAAUAAACAAAACAUUUGCCACAA